AUGUUGGCAAGUGUGAUGGAGAGGAUCAUCUAUUGCCUAACUGGGCGCUCGACCAACGUGGUAGUCCCCAUCGAGACCUCGGAGGCGGCCGACGGCUUUGAGUUUGUGGAGGUGAAGCCGGGCCGGGUGAUCCGCGUGCGCCACAUCAUCCCCGACCGGCAGGUGGUGGAGGACGAGGGCGGGCCGGUGGGCAGCAUCCCCUGCAAGCGCAAGAUCUCCGUCUUCCGCAACGGCCAGCUCUACAUCGAAAACCUGAGCGAGGCCGUGCGCACCGACGCCCUGACCUGCCAGAACGGUGAGACAGCCGAGCCCAACAGCACGGUGGAGGUGGAGGUGUCGGACGGCAACAGCACCGGCACGCCCUCCCACACUACCCCGCAGCACUGCAAGGCCAACGGGGAGGACGUGGUCCUGCAGCAGCCCCAGCGCAGGCGGCGCAAGCCCAAGCGCACGGUGGUGAUCGACUGCGAGAGGAAGAUCUCCUGCUGCAAGGAAACACACUCGGACGUGGUGCUUUUCUUCAUCCACGGCGUUGGGGGCUCGCUGGACAUAUGGGGUAACCAGCUGGACUUCUUCUCCCAGCUUGGCUAUGAGGUGGUGGCACCGGACAUGGCAGGACAUGGUGCCAGCUCUGUGCCACAGGUCUCGGCGGCCUACACGUUCUACGCCCUCGCGGAGGACGUGAGGGCGAUAUUUAAGCGCUACGCCCGGAAGCGCAACAUUCUCGUGGGCCACUCUUACGGUGUGUCGUUCUGCACCUUCCUGGCCCACGAGUAUCCAAACGAGAUCCAUAAGAUGGUGAUGAUCAACGGGGGCGGCCCCACAGCACUGGAGCCCAGCAUCUGCUCCAUCUUCAACCUCCCGGCCUGCAUGCUGCAGUGUCUGUCUCCAUGCCUGUCCUGGAGCUUCCUCAAAGCUGGAUUUGCUCAUCAAGGAGCCAAAGAGAAGCAGCUGUUAAAAGACAGCAAUGCCUUCAACGUGUCCUCCUUCGUCCUGCGAGCAAUGAUGAGCGGGCAGUACUGGCCUGAGGGCGACGAGGUGUACCAUGCGGAGAUCACUGUUCCUACGCUGCUUGUGCAUGGCAUCUACGAUAGAUUUGUGCCCGUCGAGGAGGACCAGCGUAUGUCAGAGAUCCUCAUCCUGGCCUUCCUGAAAAUCAUCAACGAGGGCAGUCACAUGGUCAUGAUGGAAUGCCCGGACACCGUGAACACACUCCUGCACGAGUUCUUCCUCUGGCAGCCCGAAGUUCCAAAGCGACUGCACACGCCUACGCCAACGAAGCGACCCGGCUCCAGCCCAGGCAGCAAGCCCUCCUCCCCGGAGCCCAGGGCCAGGCCCCCGUCCAGGAACAAGAGCAAGUAAACGGGGUCCUGGCGGGUUUUGUUGUCGUCUUCAAGGGAAGGGACUAAGUGACUUGCCCUGCAGCCGUGCCAAGUGUCCUCACGCGUCGGGGUUGCGAUGCUUCCAGAGGAGUUUAAUUGGAGAGGAUUGAGAGAGACGGACCAAAACAGUGCCCAUCUGCUGUCUUCUGUAACGCAAGCCAACGAAACAGGGAGGCACUGAACACAGACAGGGAUGGCCAAGUGCUGCUUCCCGUGGGUGAGCCGUACAUUGGUUGGUUUCUCAGCACACCUACCAAAACUCGCUAAAGUGGCUAAAUCCAGGGGAUUUCAGCAAUGGUGGUCAAACAUCUUGGUUUGACCUUUGUACACUACAGGAGGAUUAUUGAAACGUGUGACGUGGGGAAGGGGAGAAACCCAUGAGAAGGAGAUAGGUUUCUCAGUUAUUGGUAGACAGCAGGGAUUGUGAUAGGCCUAAGUGUGCCUAUUGAUACUGUCUUAAGCACAACGCCAGCACUGAUACGUUUAUGAAUUGUACACUACAAGGGCUAGAAGGCUGUGUAGCAUAUCGAGAUACCAUUGCGUAAAACACGGGACCGUAGCAUACGAUGUCGGUUCCCCAACAAUUAUUUACGCAUUAUAUGCAUCUUUAAUUUCAUGUUACCGGUGCGGUCCGUUGACCUAGUUGGGACUGGGUACUCUGAUACUAGUUUGUGUGACUGCAAGGAGCAAAUCCAUUGCCAAGGCAAGCCUAAGAUGUUCUCACACUCAUCGGAUUGGGAGGGGUGGCAGAUGGUGGACAUGAAGAUUGACUUGCAGUUAAGUCCCGAGAAGCCAGAGGUUGGAAGAAACGAUCAGACAGCACACACCGCUAGCUGUGAACUGCAAUAAUGCUAUUAGGGAAAUCUGCUCAGAGAUACAUCAACACAACACAUAGUAGUGUGAAUGUUUUUUUGAACCCAAAUGACGCAUUACGAGUUCUGGACUGUCUGAAAUCAUGAAGAACAUUCUAAAGCUGGUCUCUGUACACAAUUUCCUGAAGGAAUGCUCAAGCCAAAACAGUCACCGGAUGAGGAAUAAUUCUGGAAAGACUGAGUAGGACUGACUUAAAAUAGCAGUUGAAGCAUAACAGGUGUUGCUCAUUUGUGAAAUUACCAUGACGACAAGUACUCAGUGUGUCAUUCCUGUACGCUUUUCAGGAUAUCAUUAAUUUAUAAGAACCUAAUUUUGUUGAAUUUCUGUCCUUAAUUUUAGAGUUUGAGAAGGAGAAAGGGCAGGGAUACUGGAUAAUUUUAAGACGACAUCGACCGACUGCUGGCGAAAGUGUAAUUAUAGUAUUAUUGUUGGUUUGAGUCGUGAAAACAUGCCCAGAGAAAAUGUAAGUUCUUACACUUGUCUUAUAUUUGCCUUUCAGAAGUAAAUACAGAAUCAUUCAUUUUAGGCACUUGCUCAAGUAUAUGUCGUAGAAAUCCAGUCUGUAAUUGAGCUUGGCUAGGGUUUCACUUCAGAAUGUUUUCCAAAGAGAUUACUGAAAAUGCAAUAUGUAAAGCGUAUGCCAGAUCUUAGUGAACACCUCUUAGUGAACACAUAUUUGUC